GAAUUACUGAGACUAUUAACAUUAUUUUUUCAUAGUAUAAAACCAAAGACUAAAUAACAUUCAUUUGAGUACGCUGGUUGUCUAAAGUGAACGUAAGAAUGGAUCCAGAUGAUUUUCAGUAUUUCAACAAAAUGAAUCAAUCAAGCUUCAUUCAAAUAGACUAUGGACAUAAUUUUACCACAGAUGUAUACACCACAGAUGUAAAUGAUUACCAGACAGUUACGCGCAAAUUUGCAAUAGUAUUUGCAAUACUUGUUGCAGCCAUCAUGAUUUCAAAUCUACUAAUCAUUAUUUUAAUCAUUAUGAAAAAACUUAGGAAGGACUUAUUCUAUUGGAAAGUAAUAAUUUUAUCUGUAGGAGAUUUGAUAGGGUGUACUACUUUACCAUUUUCACAUAUAAUGCCGGAUGAUGAUUGGUGGAAAAGCGAAACAGCAUGUAUAAUAGUACUCAAUAUGACCCUGGUAUAUAAUUUGUUUAGUGGAUUGGCUUUAGUAGCUUUAUGUUUAGAUUUCCCCAUCAAUCUUUUUUCAACCUACUUCAGACUACGCCGUAUAUUUCAUCGAACUAUUCAUGGGUUAUUUAUGGUUUUGCCUUUUUUCUUAACGUAUGUUGUUGCAUUAUCAAUAGUAAUUCAAUAUGGAACAAACGUUAAAAUGGUAGAAUCUGCUGAUCAUAAAACGUGUAUUGAGACAAUGACAACAGAUGAAUCCUAUACUCAUCCAUCUAUUCCUGUUCAAACACUGGCAGCUUUCGUUAGUAUUCCAGCACUACUCAUUAUGAUUGCUUCUGUUGUAAUACAUAAAAGGGUAAGCAAACAAGUGAACACAACUGCACCUUUAAACAGAAUCAACCCGUCAACAGAUUUGGAAAAUUUAAACCAAUGCGAUAUGCCCGAACCAAAAUUAUCAGAUCAACGGUGCGAAAACAUCGUAGUGGAAAGCGAAUCAGUGUUUUCGUCCGCUAGCGAAAACGAUAUAUUAUCAUCUACAUAUGCUGUCAUUGCGAUUACAACUUUCAGCAUACUAUGCCAUGUUCCGCUUGUUGCCUGGCUUAACAGAAUGGAAAAAGAGUUAAGUUUUGACGAUAACAUACAAUCCUUUCUGAUAACACACUAUGUCAUUAAUACUAUUUCUCUGAUACCAGCAGCAGUUAGAUCAUAUAUGUGGGUGAUUGAUACGAAUGUAAGGAAAGCCGUCUUCGCAACUUUAAACAGAUGUGGUAUUAUUUUGUAACGUUCUCCAUUACAGCAGGAUACGAAUGACAAACUUGUAUUGAAUUUCGUAUAUAUUUGAUGUGCAUGCUAAAUACUAGUAGCCAACAAUUUCUUUAAACAUACGUUCAUCAAAGAAAUUUAAUACUAUGUGUGUGUGUGGGUUUUUUUUAAUAUGUGUUUAACAACAUUAAUUGGAAUAAAUAUUGACAAUGAGAUGUGGUAUGAAUUUCGAAAAUACAACUCUCCAUUUAAGUCACAAUCAAUAAAAAGUAAACAAUUCAAAAAAAAAAUGGUCUUGUCUAUACGAAAAAUGAAAAACACCUGUUUUUGCUGUCCAGAAAUCAUUUUUAUCGUAAUUGAUUUUCGUUUUUCUCCCCAGACGAGUUAAAUGUAUAAUAUGGUUUAAACUAGAUGUAACUAUAUUUAAUCAUCAGAUGAGCUAAAAUUAGAUAUGAAGAUUUAGAUCGUUACUGGUGUGUUCAUGAUUUGAUAUAAUAUAGUUUCAUGCGGUAAAAUCGGACUAUUAUACAAGUUCUGGAGGUAGUCGUUUAACAGCUUUUCCAAGACACAAUGUACCGAACUAAGCUAUAUGAUAUUUAGGUUGAUUUCCCAAAGAAGCCAAAAUACAGAUUUUACAAUGUUUUUAUAAUAAUGUAAUUAAAAAAAAUGGAACACCGAGGUAUUUUUUAAAUUCAUGCCAUAUUGCAAAGUUUUAUGCAUGUAAACACUUGUUGAUGUAUACAAAGAUAUCUAUAUAAAUAAAAUUUCGAAAUGAAAUAGGCAGAAGUUGGCUUUUAUCUUUAGACGGAAAUUGUGUGAA